GUACCAUUUGUCUGACCUUGAACGCAGUAACCUUUUGAAGCCGAUAAAGCCUACAAGAUCAACCUUGGGAAAAGUGUAUGUGUAAGAAUUCUAAGAAGGCUUCGCUUUUUGAUGAGGGACAUAGGCAUGUGUCAAUCUAGACCGGAAUGAGGGGCUUCAACUCCAAACCUUCUAUUCGAAGUCGCUAUCCUCCGAUGUCAAUUAAGCUGCCGCAGGGUAAACUCUUCAAAUCGAUUGUACUGGUCGUUCCUUAAAGAUCGUCGUAUUAGUUUCACAGUUACAAAGAUGCCCCAAAUGAAGAGUGCAAGUUCGCUGUCAGAUAUCUGCCUAGUAUUUAUUUCACAAAAUGUAAAAAUGUUUUGUAAUGAGUUGGAAAUCGGUAAACAAGCGGAUGUCGCGGAUGUCACUGAUGUAGAAGAUAGCACAACAAAUCCCUUUCACCAAUUACCCUCAAUUUUGUUGGAGGCACUUAUAAAUAUAAUCACCGAGAAAACCCAAGCGGGAGAUAAGCAAACCGAACGGUUUCUUCAUCAAUUGAUAACCCCACACCUCUCUACUAUAAGUUUAGACUCAACGAUGGUUGACAAAAUUGAUGUCUUUUACAUUCUUCGACUCGCCACAAUCAGAUGCAAGCAUCUGAAAACGCUGCGGCUGUAUGACUUUAGUUAUCGUUACCGAGAUUGUUUAAAUUUCAUCCCGAAAUUUUCCAAACUUCAAUUACUAUACAUUUCCAGCACUAGGAAGAUAAGCGAUUCGUUGUCAGGAGAUUAUUUCUUUCAUCUUCUUGGAGCACAUUGCAAAGAUACAAGGUAAAAACUAAAAAUAAAUAGUGUAACCAACUUUUCAUUUUGACUAGCUUUUACAGUAGGUUAUACAAAUGCUUUUUAUAUUUUGUGAUUUGUUUAAAGGGAGCUUUAUGCUAGAAACAACCAGGUGUCAGAUGAUAGAAUUCAUGGUCUAUGUGUGAUUGGAAACUGCAUAUUAAUUCGUAUAAUUGAUUUAAUUGGUAACACCAUAACAAAUCAAGGAAUUAGAUCGGCCCUUGACAAUCUACCUUCGCUUAAGUUCCUGUAUCAUGAAUCUAUUCUUGAAGGUUUGGCUUGUAUAGCACAAACUGCGUCGGAUCAAAGGCUGCCUAAUAACAUCCCCAAAUACUCAUUGUCAUUACUAUUUUUUAAAAGAAACACAGUUUCUAAAAGUGGCAUUCUUGGCCAAUCGUUGCUCUUAUGUCCUUAUAUUACGGAAUUAUAUCUUAUAUUGGGUUUCGAAGGAAUUAAGAACGCGGAUCUAUUAAGCAUACAUUCUCUUAGAGCAGUCUGCGUCCUAGAUAUUCGUCACAAUAUUAUGCUGUCAGGUUAUGAAUAUCCAGUACAGUUUGAUGAUGGCGUCACGUUUGACGGAGGCUAAAAUUCUUUGGGAAAUCACUUAAGAAACUAAAAGUAGGGGUUUUUUUCCCUGGCAUAUGUAUUUCAGCAGUUAUUGAAUUUUGUCCCAAUCUCUAUUCUUUGAGUCUUUGGAAAAGCUCUUUUAUGGCCUCCUCUGAAAACGUAGAACGCAAACAAGUGAAGAGAGAAUUCCCUGUUUUAAAAAAUCUUGAAAGAUUACAUUUAGAUGGCGGUAAUCACUUACAUUGUUCUUUCGCUUCUUCUGAAAAUUUAUUGACGCUACUGUCCUCCCCGUCACUAUCUGUUGUUUAUUUACAAUUCGUUGACAUGCUAACUGAUGGAAUCCUGCAAACGGCCAAUAACGUACACUCUUUUCGUAACCUUAAAUGUUUAUAUAUUAAACACUGUAACUCCGUCACUAGAACAGGAAUCGACGUCUUCAUGCAAGAGAAUAAUCCUCUUCAGGAAAUCGUUUAUCGGUAUUGCGGCAACAUUACGCGUGAUGAUGUGACCGAAUGGAAUGCGAUGGUGACAAAAAAUAAAUGGCAGUUACGAAUUAACGCGGGAUCUAAAUAAAAACUGAAUCUUACGAUUCUUGUCUUAACUAAUAGUCUCUUUCGUUAAUCCUUUAUUUCAUAUUAUGGGUCUCGUUUCGAAAAAUAAACAACUGGAAAUCAAGGGGUUGGGCAGCGCAGCAUUGUUAACAUUUUGGGAAAGUUCCCCAGCUCAAAUGGCAGAAAGAGGGAAGUCCUUGUAAAAAACGCCAUAUUUUAGGUAUACGUAAGUCCAUGGUUUCGGACAGGCAGCGCCAUCUGGUGAAGUCCAUAGUUUUAGAUCGAAGUCCAUAUUUUAGUAGUCCAUUUUGGACUGUCCAAGUCCAUAGUUUAGUAACCCCGUCCCAAAUUCAAUAUCGAAUGGAAAUUUUAAAAACGACUCCCAUGGAAGGCGUAAAAUGAAGAGGAAGAAGCUUUUCUACGUUCUCAAGUCUGUUGAUUGCGAGACACAUGAUCAAUUUGGAAGAUCCAUCGCGGAGCCAUUUGUAGCUCAAUUUGCCCGCCGACUUGCCGUUUGAGUUCUUCUACAGAGAUUAAACUAUUUUGUACGGCGCCAACAAAUAGGGAAAUACGCAAAUCAGAGUCAAUAAAUCUCGCCGCAUCUCGAUCGUGAGCUCAUCCAAUCUUCUAAUUUCGGUUUUUUCCAGCUUUUGGAUUGUCAUUUCUGUUUCAAAUCCUGGAGCAAUAACGUCGUACCCACAACAGCCACAGAAAGAAUAUUCUUCCAAGUAGAUAGGCCUAUUCAAAGUAGAGCCCCUAUUGGUGAAUAUUUAUGGAAUCAUUUAAUUUAAGGGAAGAAAGAGCCGCAAAGAGCUUUUAUCACAUCAAGUCAUUUAGCCUACAAGGGUACCAAGACUGUGAACUGUGAAUGGGAUCAAUUUCACUUUCCAUUCAGGAAAAUCAGAAAUCAUAUCUUACAGUCCUAAUCUUGUCUUAAUCAUUGAUGGCUCGUCAUCUCAGCUGAAACGAGAGAAAAUGUGGCUUAAUGACAUACUCAUUUCUCAUACACCAAAGACCCUUUUUCUAGUAAUUUUAGAAGAUAGUGACUGCAGUAAAAAUCAAUGGCUUAUUCCCUAUUUAUCUUCUAACGAUGGAUAGAUUGACGCAGUAUUUAUAGUGCGGGAUAGAUUAAUAACAGAUGAAAGCGAAACCUUUCAAUGGCCUCUCGGAGUAGCAACGUAAUAUAUUUAAUCUUAAUCGAACGAUUUAUUCUUGUAGUUUAAUCCAUUUUUAACUCAGGCACCGAGACUUCCCCUUAUUCUUUCCCGACGAAAUCGACAUUGGACAUCCUGUCACAAAGACCUUUUGUCUGCAAUUUUUUCGGUACCGCCAAUACUAAAGGAGCUGAUAUUCUUCGAUUAUUGAAGGAACUGAAUCUCGAUGAGAGUCUGUGCUAUUU